AUGCAUGCUGUAGCUUUAAACGUUAUUCGCACGGCUCACAGACCAAUAUCGAGACGCGCCUGUCGAAUUGUCGCCGGUUGCAGACAUCCUCUUCCACAUCGAGGCUUUCAUCGAUCACCGACCUCCUACCAAAUCCCCGAAGACCCAGCAGCUCCUGGUACUGGGGGAAAAGCAGACCAGCCACCGAAUAACGUAGAGCCAGAGUCGGAAGAGAUAAAAGAGCAGGAUGGAGAGGAGAUAAAGCCAGAGAUCGUCGAUCUUGUAGCGCCGAAGGUGAAGAAUCGAAGAACAACCUCUGGACGGCAAAGAGGCUUACUUCGCCAGAAACAGCCAGAGGGUCUGCCUCCCCUUGUACUACCAGAAUGGUUUUGGACGAAUAAUGUCAAGUUGGCUGGCGACUCCAAGAAAUUGAGCGGAUCCCUUGCAGUUUAUGGAGCUCUUGCAUCAGGAGAUCAUGAGGGUGAAGAUGGGGCCAAAUUGAACGCCGAAAUAGCCCGUCAAAUUGUCGACAUCUCCGAUUGUGGCCUGGAAACUACCGAGUCAGCAAAGUACACAAUACACGUGGAUGUUUACAGAGAGAUUCUAGCAACGUUACGCGCGGGUUUGUCUUUGCGCCCCCCAAAGAAUUCUGGAAAUCUUCCAGUGCCACGACCGGUAACUCUGUUGCAAUGUCCCAAAGACGGGGGAACCUUCUAUCUGGACUCAGUUAUCGAAACAAUAGCCUCGAAAUUACAUGCAGAUCUCAUUCGUUUGGAUGCUCAGGACCUUGCCCAGAUAGCUGGACCGUACGUAGAGGGAAAUCUAGCGUGGCAUUGGUCGGCAACGUCGAUAUUGGCAUACAAAGCACACAAAGUGGCAGGGAAGUUAGAGGAGUAUGACAAGGAACUGGAGGACGAGAAUGACGAUGUUGACGGAGCCGAAGAAGAAGAGGAUGCUUCACCAACACCGAAAGCGAAUGGGCGCAUGAGUCUUUCUGAUCUGCUCAAGGGAAACUUAAAUGCUCGCUCCUUCAUACCCACUGCGCCGAGAGGAUUUCCCAAGCACUCAAAUGGAAGUGGCAGCAAUACCAUUGGGGGCCAUAAGUUCGACUUCGUCACAGCAAUAGGAAUGCCGGGUCCUGCACAGCAGCCAAGCUCUCAGCCAACAGAUCAAUGGAGUGAGCUGAAAAUGACCAAUUUAAUGGACACGCUGGUUGAUGCACCCAAUGCUAGACCUGUGCCUUCAGGCUUUGAUGCUUCUGUGAGCACAUCGAGACCUUUGAUUGUUCAGGUCAGAGAUUACAAGGAACUGCUUGGAGUUACAGAAGGCGCAGAUUUGCUUUACAAGUUGAGGACAGCUAUCAACAAGAAAUGGCAGGAAGGAAGGGAUAUAAUCCUAGUUGGAACCACAUCAUCUGAGGAGGGAGAACCAGCUCUAUCCCGGCCCGAUAUCCAGCACCUCCAAUCUGAUAUUGUCGAUGGUGAGAAACGGACAAUCUUUGUCCCUCCGGAUCGUAGGGAGCAUCAAGAUAUUGCGUUUGAGACGGACGAGAAGGCUCGCAUUCGAAGCAUCAACGUCCGAAAUGUUGAGGAAAUGAUCUUGAAAUUAGUCGAUGGAACUGACCACAUGACACCGGAGCUUAACAUCGAGAAGGAUAUCGACAGUGCCACUGUUUUCUCUGCCGGAUUGGAGGACGCUGUUUGGACAUAUGCUCGUGUUCACAGGACAGCAAUGACGAUCCUAGGAUUGGAGAACAACAUCACAAGCAUUGACGGAGCUGUCUUCAGCAAGGCACUGAAGGUACUUUCCGCAAGUGACCAAGCUAAAUUCGCAUGGGGAGCCGCCGAGUUGAAGUCGGAAGAUGACGAGGUGGAGUUGAUGCUUAGUGAAAGCGAUUUAGCGGCUGCUGAAAAGAAGAAGUCCAAGGAGAAAUUAAAGGAGAUCCGAAAGAAGUGCAAUCAGCAAGAGGCGAAACUCCUCAAUGGUGUUGUCCUCGCUUCUGACAUCCGCACCACGUUUGGAGAUAUUCGAGCUCCCAAGGAAACAGUCGAAGCUCUAAAGACACUGACAAGUCUGUCUUUGAUUCGUCCAGAAGCGUUCUCUUAUGGAGUCCUUGCAACAGACAAAAUCCCAGGAUUACUUCUUUACGGCCCCCCUGGAACUGGAAAGACACUCCUGGCAAAAGCCGUUGCAAAGGAAAGCGGAGCAACUGUCCUAGAGGUUACCGCUGCCGAUCUAAACGACAUGUUCGUUGGCCAAGGCGAGAAGAACAUCCGCGCAGUCUUUACUUUGGCCAAGAAAUUAUCUCCCUGCGUCGUGUUCAUCGAUGAAGCAGAUGCCAUCUUCUCUGCUCGUGGUGAACACAACCGAAACGCGCACCGCGAAAUGAUCAACCAAUUUCUCCGAGAAUGGGAUGGAAUGAACGACUUUUCAGCUUUCAUAAUGGUCGCCACAAAUCGGCCAUUUGAUCUUGACGAAGCCGUACUUCGACGUCUCCCUCGUCGCCUACUUGUCGAUCUACCAGUCGAGAAAGACCGCGAGGCUAUCCUCAAGAUUCACCUCAAAGACGAGAUCUUGGACGAUUCCGUCUCACUCGCGACACUCGCCAAGGACACACCCUUCUACUCCGGCUCCGAUCUCAAGAAUCUCUCCGUCGCGGCAGCUCUAGCAUGUAUUCGCGAAGAGAACGCCAUUGCAGCACAGCACUCUGGAGAUGAGCCAUACGUCUACCCCGAGAAGCGUAUCCUCACCAAGACGCACUUUGACAAAGCCAUGGAGGAGAUUAGUGCCUCGAUCAGCGAGGAUAUGAGUACGUUGACGGCUAUCAGGAAGUUCGAUGAGAAGUAUGGCGAUCGUAAGGGUAGGAAGAAGAAGGGUCCUGGUAUGGGCUUUGGCGGAACCACAAUAGCCGAGAAGGAUUCAGAGGCAGCAAGAGUGAGGAAGAUGGGGCUUUAA